AUGGGUAAAUCAGGUAAAGGUAAAGGUGGUAAGAAUAGAAGAAGAGGUAAAAAUGAUAAUAGUGGACAAAAAAGAGAAUUAAUAUUGAAAGAAGAAGGUCAAGAAUAUGCACAAAUUACAAAAAUGUUAGGUAAUGGUAGAAUUGAAGUACAAUGUUUUGAUUCAAUAAAAAGAAUGGGACAUAUAAGAGGUAAAAUGAGAAAAAAAGUAUGGAUGGGACAAGGUGAUAUUAUAUUGGUUAGUUUAAGAGAUUUUCAAGAUGAUCAAUGUGAUGUUGUACAUAAAUAUAAUUCAGAUGAAGCAAGAUCUUUAAAACAAUUGGGAGAAUUACCAGAAAAUGCUAAAAUUAAUGAAACUGAUACUUUUGGUGCUGAUGAAGAUGAAGAUGUUAAUUUCGAAUUCGGUGGUGCUGAUGAAUCAGAAUCUGAAGAUGAAGAAUUAGAUAUUGAUGAUAUCUAG